AUGCUUUCUGUCGUCGCCGUUGCUGUCAUGGGUAUUGCAGACGUUCUUAGGGCGUAUUCCGUCGAUGUUGGACGAGAUGUGAUGGAAACAGGAUGCAUUACCUGUAUUCCUGAUGUCCCUUUUACGAAAACAAUCGGCGUGCGAACAAUAACCGCAGCAGCCAGCAUCAUUGUAGACGAAGGUGUCUCUUCCAAUCAUCUACCGCUCGAAGAAAUCCCUUACAUAUCUCCUGUUCCAACAAAGCACUCGCCUCGAUCUUCGCCCCAGCUCACCGCUGCAGCAAAGGCUGGCAUUACCUUUGCUUCCAUCGCUGUUUUCGUCAUUCUACUUCUACUCGUACUCGAGUAUACCUGUCUUCGACGAAAACGACGGGACCGCGCCUUAGAACGAGCAAUCGAUGAAGUGGAAGAUGGCACUGAGCUGGAGGAAUCCACGGCAAGCGAAAGCAAGGAGAACAUGGUACUCGAGAGCAGAGUUGAGAUAGUUAUCGAAGAAGAGCAGCGUAGUGAAAGUGAGAGUUGGAACGGGGAAAGCCAGUGGAGCGUCGGUACAGAUGGGAAAGAUAGUGAUGGUGAUCUUGGUGAAUGGGAGAGAGGAGGGGGAUGCGAGAGAGGGAGAAACGGCACAGAAAGCGACCGCUGUCCCACCAUGGCUUCCAAUUGCAAGAUCACAUCGGCUAAUCAGAGUCUGUGGUUUCUCGACCCUGUCGUUAUCGAACUCCAGUCAUGUCCAGUUGCAAGUGCGGAGGAGAUUGCCGAGCUUAUGGUUCCAGCCCGUAUGAGGGUUCUCGAUCCCAGCAGUGGGACUGCGGUCCGCGAGUUCAAAAAUGGCUAUGGACCUUCUAAAUGGGAUCGCUCCACGAUAGCAACUCUGCACGAUACGUGUGCUCGACCAUUGCACCCGCGUUCACUGUCAAAGAUCCUCAAGAUGGAUCAAUCGUGGAUUGGUGACGCGCAAUUCUACCCUCCUCUCAUUCCUCCUUUAUGCCUUCCACUGCUAAGUCAAGCAGAUCGCGAAGCAACAGCGAGAGGACUGCUGGAGCAUUUAGAUGAUCCACAGUAUACCGAGUAUGCGACGACACUCACCUUCCGAUCGUCUGCCGGAGACCGAUGCCUCAGGCACUUCGUAAGUAGUAACGAGACUUCAAAUACUCUCCGAAAGCUGUCGGUGAACAUUACUUCGAUCAUGCAUUGCGGUGCUCUUCUCCCUCUAGAAGCGUCAGCUUUGACAAGCAGCAGUACGAUACACCUCAUUACGGGUGUGCGCGUCUACAUCGUGUAUCCUCCAACGCCACACAACAUGACGACUAUGCAAAAGUAUUUGCUAGACCUCACCAAAUAUCCUGCGCCAAAGCCUGCAAGCGUAUGCAAUGACUUACAAGAAGGCAUCACCUUUGUUCAGCGCGCUGGUCAGACUGCAACCAUACCACCGUUCUGUUCAACAACGAUUCUCUCUACAACAACCAGUGCAGGGGUCAUCGUCCGCUUGCGUUACCGCAACGACCUGUCAAUGCGACUGACGCAAUUGGAGCUUAUAGUAGCUCAGAUCAGGGCUGUACAGCACGUGUGUCGAGAGACAGCGGACACAUCGUUGGAAUACCACACUGUGCAGCUGUACAAAGACGUAUCUACAGUUUUUAGAGCAUCGGAGCCGAGCACUCCUGGCCGAAGACGGACAUUGGCCAUGAGAGCUGCUUGGCAAGACCACAAUACUCGUUUCCGGGCUCUGAUAGAGGGGUAUGUCUCCUGGCCGUUGAAAGAUAAAAUCCGGAAGAAUGUCCCGCGACUUUGGAACUUCGCUGUGCAGAACCAGAAAUUCGAAGAAUGUCCAGUCUGCAACGCGGACCUAAAGGAUCUCGGCAUGGCGUUCAUGGCACACUUCCGGAAAGAGCACUGGAAUAAGGCUGAAGACAACACUCAGUGA